GGGGGAGAAAAAUGGAUUUAUGGGGGGCAGCAAAGGAUACUGCAGCCUCUGAGCCUGCCUCACCUCACACCAGGGGAGAGAGUCACGGCUCACAGGGAAAAGAAUUAAGUGAAUGUCUACUGUACAGCAUUGCAAUCUUCAAAUCCUCUAUCAGCCUCAUUUACAUGCCAAUGUACCUCAGCUCUGACCCACAGGGCAACAGAAAGAAUUUACUGCAGUAAUCAGAAAAGAGAGCAAGAUAAGAAAAAAACCUAAAAUCAAAAAGUCCAGAAGAUGGCAUAGUAAUAAAUUACCCUUCCAACGACCUGGGGUCUUUUUUCGCCUUUGCAUGCAAUGUUUGGACUGAUCUGAAGCUUUCGUUUUGGACUGAAGGGACUUGUCCACUGCUUGCCUUGGAAACCUUUCUCUCCUAAUUCAUGAGCCAGCAGGAUGCAGUCGCCGUGCUUUCAGAACGCCUUCUCAUAGCUGCGUACAAAGGCCAAGUGGAUAAUGUGGUGCAGCUUAUCAACAAGGGUGCCAAGGUAGCAGUUACCAAGCAUGGCCGUACCCCUCUACAUCUUGCUGCCUAUAAGGGGCAUCUCUGUGUUGUGCAGAUUUUGCUGAAGGCAAGCUGUGACCUGGACAUUCAGGAUGAUGGUGAUCAGACAGCCUUGCACCGGGCUACUGUUGUAGGAAAUACAGAUAUAAUAGCAACUCUCAUUCAAGAGGGUUGCGCUUUGGACAGACAAGACAAGGAUGGGAAUACAGCGCUUCAUGAAGCAUGUUGGCAUGGAUUCAGUCAGUCUGCCAAACUGCUUGUUAAAGCAGGCGCUAAUGUUCUUGCCAGAAAUAAGGCAGGUAACACACCUCUGCACUUGGCCUGCCAAAAUAGCCAUUCCCAAAGUACUCGGGUUUUGUUACUUGGAGGAUCUCAGGCAGAUCUCAAAAAUAAUGCAGGAGAUACCUGUUUGCACGUUGCUGCUCGUUAUAAUCACUUGCCCAUCAUUAGGGUACUCCUCAGUGCUUUCUGUUCUGUCCAUGAAAAGAACCAGGCUGGAGAUACUGCACUUCAUGUAGCUGCUGCUUUAAAUCAUAAAAAGGUGGUCAAACUCUUACUGGAAGCAGGGGCUGAUGGGUCAAUUGUCAACAAUGCAGGUCAGACUCCUCUAGAGGUUGCUAGACAGCACAAUAAUCCUGACGUUGCUCUUCUCCUUGCUAAGGCACCACAGGUCUUACGCUUUAAUCGUGGAAGAAGCCUCAGAAAGAAGAGAGAAAAACUCAAGGAGGAAAGACGAGCUCAGUCUGUACCAAGAGAUGAGGUGGUACAGAGUAAGGGCAGUGUGUCAGCUGCUGAGGAUACUCACAGCAGUGACCAGGUGCCUCAGAAGAAAGGAGAUCUGAAAGAUGAACCAUGGUCAACUUCACCAGAGCCCAAAGGAAAGAAUAACAAAAAGAAAAAGCCAAGAGAAAAGAUUUCAGCACUCUCAGACCCUGCUUCACCAGCUGACCAGCAGACACUCCCUGGUCCCCAGCAGAACUUACCUAAGCAUCAUAGAAGUAAACAUCAUUGCUCAUCUCCACCACCCCCACAUGAGUUCAGAGCCUACCAGCUUUACACGCUGUAUCGUGGAAAGGAUGGUAAAGUAAUGCAGGCCCCAAUAAAUGGAUGUCGUUGUGAGCCACUGAUUAAUAAACUGGAGAAUCGGCUGGAGGCAACGGUGGAGGAGAUAAAAGCUGAGUUUGGGACAGUGCAGGAUAAGAUGAAUAUUAAGCUGGGUCAGAUGGAAAACAAAACUCAACAUCAACUCCGUGUUUUAGAUAAGUUAAUGGCUGAGAGGCUGGCUGCAGAGAGAAGAGAGUGCCUUCAUCGCCUUCAACAGCACGCUGAGCUUGAAAAAACUGAGAGAGAGAAACGGCAGAUUUCCUUGGUGGAUGAAUUGAAAACAUGGUGCAUGUUAAAGAUUCAGAAUCUGGAGACGAAGCUUUCUGGAGAUUCUAGAUCUUCAAGACCAAAAUCAACUCUGUCCACUUGUGAGUCCCUCACCGAGACCCUGGAUACAGAGAACCUCCAAAGUGCCAAGGACUGUAAAACCACCCAGAGCCCCCUACAGUCAGAGGACUCACAGCAGCAUUCCUAUAUCACACUGCAAAAUAGUCUCUCAGAAGACAUGGGAAGGAGUAGAGUCCAGACAUCAGAACAAAGCUUUGGAACGCAUUAUUUUGCUGUUGAACAAGACACUGCAGCAGGUGCAGAGCAACAAAUGAUAGCUGCUGGUCCACCUCCUUCUGCAGUCCCUCAAGUUGUGAGGCCUAAAGACAAAGCUUUUAGCUCCACUGCUUUUGACAGGUUCCAACAGGAAGUGCCAUUGUCAGAGCAUUCAGGUUCCAAAUUAAGACAUGUUAAGGUACAAACUACUUUGCAGUCCUUGACUGAAUUUGCAAAGACUGAGCAACAGACUGGCUACUUCAUAGACAAAGGAACUCAAACAAAGAAGUCUGGCAAAAGUGGGCAGGCAAAACACAGGCCCCAGCAACACACAGUAACACAUACCCAGCCACAACAACCAUCUGCUCUGCCUGGAGAUCAACCAGCCCCUCAGAUCAAAGACACUUCACAAGCUCUGGAGAUUACUCAGUACUUUUUUGAGGCUGUUUCCACUCAAAUGGAAAAGUGGUAUGAGCGGAAGAUUGACGAAGCCCAGUGUCAAGCUAAUCAAAAAGCACAGCAAGACAAAGCUGCACUCAAGGAGCAUAUUAAAAGUUUAGAAGAGGAGCUCAAUAAAUUAAGGACUAAGGUGCAAAAAGAAAGCUAGCAUCAAGAAAAAGGUUCAGGCAUGGAAACUGAGGAAUUGUUUUUUUAUGUGAACUGCAGUGUGGCUGAUUUUGAGAUCUAUUAGUAUGUACAGUAUUGCACCCAAUACAUACAAAUAUAAAAAGUGCCCCUUUUAAUGAGAUGUAAUUUUAGAAAUUAGAUGUUCCAGAAAUACCAGGAGUAAAUAUCCAAAAAGACUGUCUAUGUAGUCAUAUGGGACACACUCAUGAGAUACAUUUUACUAUGAGCCCAUAAAAUUUUACAGUCGGAGAUAAUCACUAGGUACCAAUAACCCAAAUCACAUUCUAAAGGGAGAAUUUUCCCAUUUCCUUGUAGGUCACAAAAAACACCUAAUGGAAAUGGUUUUGUUAGAAAUAAGUUACUUGUUUACAGAAGCUUCCUACUGAUACUUUUCUUUGCCUUGGGUUUGCAUUGUUCAAGCAUAUUGUAACUUUGACUUCUCCUUAGUUAUUGUUUGAAUAAUUAUUAGAGGUUACAUGAUUAGUGAAGGUAUCUAUUCAAGUAACCUUAUUGAAAAGUUGCAAUUUCUUACAUCAGAUGAGUAGCAAAUAUUUUACCAAGUCCUCACUAUGUUUUAUGAGCAGCAGUACAUUCAUAGGCAAGACUUUUCCUCUGAGAUGCCUAAAUUCCAAUUUUCUAUAGGAGCAUGAAACACACAGACCCAGUGUGAAUUCCUGGCUCCACUAAAGUAAAUGGCAAAACUCCCAUUAUCUUCAGCAAGGCCAGGAUUUCACUCCAAAUGACUUGCCUAGCACCUUUUAAGUGACCCCCUCUUUCUUUUGCUUUCCCACAUCCAUUUCCCUUUAAGUGAAAAAAAGAAUUAGGGACCUUAUAUGUCCAUUGUUUUCUAAAGGAAAAUCCAGUCCAGACCACCAAGCUUAAUAAUUAGACAACUGCUAACUGACCAGUACAGUCAGCCUUGGUGUUCUGCUAAACAGAAAAUUCUGAUAGCAGUUUGGCCACAUCAUUUGCCAUAAAUGAAAAUAUCCAACUUUGAUGGACAGAAAAUUCCCCUUUGUGAACUGCUAUUGACAAUCUUUCAGCUUAUCAUUUAUAUUGCAGUAGUGUCUAAAAGCCUCAACCGUGUUGGGCCCCAGUUCUGCUCAGUAAUGUACAAACAUAUGUUACCAUAGAUAGUUGCAGCUCUAUCCCUCUAGGGCUUCGUGCUUUAAUCUAGUAGGAGACUCCAUAAGAUACUGACAAUGGAGUCAAGGUUAUUUAACAGAGAUCAUGAUAACCCAGGAACAGCUAUCCUAAAUCAUUCCACUUAAAAAAACAAAAAACUUGCAAUAUUAUGCCAAGGAAAAAACACAAACAAGUAAUCUCGUGACACCGGAAAUCCAGAUGAACAAAACAUACUUUACAGUAUUGUAAACAUAUUAACUCUUUAGAACUCGAGCUCAUAUCUUUUUAGUAUACAUAUAAAGCAAAGAAAAAUUGUAUUAUAUUACAGUAUUUUUAAUUCUUAUUAAUGCACUAUUAAGAUAAGUACAGUAUAUCUGUAGUAAUGGGAUAUUUGUUAAUGCUAAUGCUUUGACUUCAGUAGUCAAAAAUAAAGAAUUAGACGUUUCCAUAUGUUUACAACUUUUUUAAGUCAAUUGUUUAAGCUGUAGGAAUGCAGAGGCAUGUUAUCUAUUUAAUUUUUGUAUAAUCUUGAUAAAAAGUGAAUGUUUUUGCCUAGUAAUUAAACAUAAAUGUUACUCUGAAA